AUGCCGAAAACCCCAGCGACAGACGAGAGAUCGCCCAAAACACCCACCAAUCUACGAAGUUCAACUCCUAUCAAAGACAAACCUGUUGGAGCUCUCACUCAUUCAAGCACGGCAUCAUCAUCUUCUUCUCGCAAGCAAGAGCAGGAUGACUCCACCAAUGUGAAAGAUCCCAAGAAUCCCGAUACAAAGGCAUCCAAGCCAGACGAGGGAAUCGAUGCGUCGAAUUCGAAGAAUAACCAGGACCCCCUUGCUACGAACAAGGAAGAUGAUAUUGGACGGCUUGAUUUUCAGACUCCUGUGAAGUCUCCACCGAGUUGGGGGAAGAAGAAACCAGCAGCAGAUACGACGCAUGGAAAUAAGUAG